CCUCGACAGAGCCCACCACAUCACCGUGCCCACGCUCCACACCCUACCUCUCCUAUAGGCAUAUUUCUCCGCGGCAAGACCAAUAUGCCGGGCCCAACGACUACCCUUCUGAUCGAGGGCAGCUUCGAGGAGCUUGCCGACGAGCUCGCACAAUACAUCGAUAAUCUCAAAAAAUCUCAGGGCGACGAGAGCUCGGAUAUCCAGGGAGAGUGCGCGACACUUUUGAAGGAGAACAAGAAGGAUGAAGUGCUUAAGAAGCUCGUCAUGGGCGGCCAGGCCCUCAACCAGGCGCCGGAGAAGGAGUUCAUAGCGGCAUACAACCUCCUCAUCCACCUCGUACGGCAGUCGCCCAACCUUCCUAUGUUCCUCCCUAAAAUAUGCGCCCACCUCAGCGCCCCCAUAUCGUCAUCGCCGGCCAACGGAGGCGGCCUGGCCCUCUCAAUCCUCGGGACGGUCUUCAACACGCUACCCAAGGACCACCUCGAGAUGCGGUACCACAUCCUUCUCGCGAUCCUGCGCGUCAUCCGAGCGACGUCAAACUUCGAGACUCUGCGACCGCAAUUGAAGCAGCUGGACAAAUGGCUAGAGGAGUGGGAGAUGGACGAGGUCGAGGAUCGCAAACUGUACCUCGCAGUGAGCGACGUUGCGGCCGAUGCAGGGGAGGAUGAACAGGCAUACAUAUAUCUGCUCCGUGCUCUUCGAACAUUCGCUUCAGAAGAGGUGUCGUCACCCGAAGCACGAGAACUGUCACUGCGGGCACUUAAGUCCGCUUUCACACACCCCAGCCACUACGAUUUCCAGGACCUCACAGACCUGGACUCGAUCCAGGCCCUCCGCAACUCCGAUCCGAUAUACUUCCAGCUCCUUGAGAUCUUCAAUUCGGAUCUGCUAGACGACUUCAACGAUUUCAAGGAUGAGCACGAAGGCUGGAUCGAGGAAGUAGGGCUAGACGGCGUUGCACUGAACCGGAAAAUGCGGUUACUGACUCUCGCCUCAAUAGCAGCGUCAACAGGCCAGACACGAUCUCUGCCAUAUGCACACAUCGCGAAGGCGCUCCAGAUCCCGCCCGAGGACGUCGAAAUGUGGGUUAUCGACGUGAUCCGCGCGGGCCUCGUCGAAGGCAAGCUUAGCCAACUGAACCAGACCUUCCUCAUCCACCGUUCAACUUACCGUGUCUUUGGAGAGAACCAGUGGAGAGAAGUUGCGUCGCGCUUGGAUAUGUGGCGGAAUAGCUUGGUCGGCGUGCUGCAGGUUAUCCAGCAGGAGAAGGGGAGGUUUAUGCAGGACAAGGAAGAGGAGGCCAACAGGGUGGAGCAGAAGCUCGAGCAGGCGACGAGGGGCCAGGGACGGGGAGGAGGCAAGGGUAAACCCAGGGCUAUGAUUGAUGAUGAUAUGGACUAGAGGCGGCUGAUUUCCUUGUUCUCUUCGCCAAAACGAAGUAGGGUUGGCAGCGAAUGCAUUUCGGAGGCUUUCCGGGUCAAUGGGCUGGGUAGCGCAGCCCUUGCGCUGCAUGAUAGAAAAUGCGAAGAUACACCAAAGUGUGUUUACC